AAUGACAUGGUUGUUCACAAUGUAGGACAUCCAGAAAGCACCAGAUAAUCACAAAGGUCCAAAAUGGAAGAGGACUGGUGAAAGUGGUGAGGCUCUUGAUGACUUCAUAUCCAGACAGAAGUUUCAGUUUCUCAAUGUAUGGGUACUCAGAGAAUAUCUUGAGGAAAGCCUGAGAAUACCAGAUCCAUCCAUGAAAGGAGACCUUGAGCGAUUGAUAGAUGAUUUUGUUUUCAUGUGUCUAUUUGUUGGAAAUGACUUUCUACCUCAUGUGCCGUCGCUGGAGAUAGCAGAGGGGGCCAUCGAUUUGCUCAUGAUCGUCUACAAGAAUGAAUUUGUUCGAAUGGGUGGCUAUCUUACUGAUUCUUUUGAGGUCAAUCUGGAACGAGUGGAGCACUUUAUACGAGCUCUUGGUACCCAUGAGAAUGCCAUCUUUAGGAAACGAAGACAGGAUCAAAUGAGAUGGAAAAUGCACGCAGGACGAGUUCCAGCCAAUGGCAAUUCUGGAGGAAAAGAGAUUCAGAUAUUUCUGGGAGAUGUAAAUGCCAAGGCCAGAUUUGUGGAAGACAGGGUCAAUCUAGGAGAAGAGGGUUGGAAGGAGAGAUACUAUACAGAAAAGUUUAAAGCUUUAACUGAUGAUGACCGUCAGAGAGUUAAAAGACAUGCUGUCUUGAAAUAUGUUGAAGGGAUUUGUUGGUUCAUGCAUUAUUACUACCAAGGAGUGUGCUCCUGGCAAUGGUUCUGCUCUUCUGCUGCUUGUUUAUCUAUAUUUUUGCUAUCUGCAUAUUUCUUAUUUGCAACCUAUGGUAGUUUAUAAAACUGUGAGUAAUUUUUUGAUACCGCAUUGGUGGUGCCAUAAUACUAGCAGUAACCUCUGAUUCUCCACACUAACUUAUUCUUUGACAAUGAUGGCAAUAUGUUAUUUAACUUGGAAAAUGAGAAUAAUAAUGGAAAGAAAAUAACGUGAAGAUACAACAUGGUUUGGCCAUUCUGUAUAUAACCACCGACUCAAUGGACAAUGGGAUUAGAGGCUAGAGACUUUUCUUUUUUCCCCUAUAUUAGAGCUAAAUCACCUCUGUUUAUGGGUGUGAUAAUAAAAUGUUUGAAAAUAUAAAAUGAAGUCUUCAAUGAAAAAUAAUUAAAUCAAAUCUAAGUUUUGGGAUCCCAUUGAUGGUGCUAUAAUCUUAUAACCACAAUAUCUGUCAUCUUUGAGUUCAACUAUGAGUAAUGAUAAUUGUUUGAAUCAUUUUAAAGAACUGAUUUCCAGUCAAGCAAAUUGAAAAUUUUUAGUGGAGAUGGGAGGCCUGAAAUCGCAUUUCUGAAAGCUAACUUUUAUUGUAGUUAUAUAUAAAAUGUCUAAUUUGAUUUUAUCUUGAUCGUGCACAUUUGCAUCCCAUUGGAAAGAUGCAGCAUUCACAACAUCGGGCGAGAUGCUUGCGAGGAAAUGGAAAAUCCGUUGUGAGGGUGAAGAUCUUAUUGACUUGUUCCUCCUACCUGAAUUUACAUACAAGGAGGAUGCUGAUGUACAAAAACGAUCUCUUUUUACGGGAUCAAAGAAACUUUGAAAUAGCUGGUGUUUCGUACCCAUCUUAUCCAAAUUUAUAAUCCUUGCCCACCAGAAAACCCGCAUGCACUUCCUGAACCCUGACCUACAAGCUGUAGAAACCACCCUUAUCUUUCCUCUUUGUUAUCCCAUUGUUGCUGUUGACUUGUAUUGUACAUCAUGGAGACAACGAAAUGAUACGAAAAGUUGGGCUAGGAUCCGUGUUGCAUUAUAAAUAGGCCAAGGUUUUUGGUAACUUUUAGAAGAGAAGUUAUCAAGUAUGUAGGCUUUGUUUCUGACAAAUGACUGGGAUGUCAGGGCUGUAAAGGCUGGCAAAUAAUUCAGGCCUCCGC